AUGAGGAGAAAACGCAAACCAUUCCAAUCCCAAUCCGAAGACUCCUACCCUUUUCAAACUCGAUCCAAACGACUACGACACCACCACUGCCAAGGUCUGGUGGCUAAUUCUUCUGCACGCUCCGCGCACGAUAGCAUUGCAUCUAAUUCAAAGAGGAACGUGCCCAUCAUGCGCCGAAAACGUAAUGUCAUUUCUCAAAAGCUCAAUCUCCUCAAACGCAAUCUCAAACCCAUCCCUUUCGUCCCUGCCAAAACCCUAGACUUUCCCAAGUACGAAUUUCUCUUCAGGUGCUUAGGGUUAUGGGAUUUCGCUCACCUCGAUCUCGAUCCCGACAUCCGACUCGACCUCCUAACCGUCCUGAUCGCCAAUUACAACCCUGGGGCGCGCAGCAUUUUCGUCAACGGCGUCAAAAUCAGGAUCGGUCCGGCAGAAAUGGCCCAGGCGAUGAGGAUCCCCGCCAAAAAGAAGCGCAGCAUCGACAAGACAGAUUUCCCCGAUUUCGAUGAAGAAUCCCUUUCCGUCCUCUCUGAUUUCCUGUCCAAUUACGUUCUUUUGCAUGAAGAUGCGUGGAUAAUGCCGGAUGAGGUCUUGAAAUCGAUCAGGGCCAUCAAAGAAGGGCAGCCGCAGAUGGUCAAUUGGGCCGUAUUGAUCUGGUUUAUGGUGGAGAAGGAGCUUUCGCGGGGGAAGGAAUUGGAGUACUGCUACUACGCUUCGCAUCUGCAAUGCUUGAUGAAAUGUCAGAAGCCGGAGCUCUUUGCAGGAGAUCCGGUUGAAGAAGUCUUUGUUCAAGAAGACGACAAAAACAAAGGGCUGAUGAGUAAAGAGGAUUUUCAAGGACAGGAUUUGGAGCAGAAUGCAGUAAUGUUGAAGGAUGUAGGCAAGCAGGCCAGAGAGGAGUGCAUUUCUGAUUUCCAACAAUGCAAGGAAGUGCGUGGACAUCAGUUGCAGUAUUGUGAUCUAGAUGGCACUGUGAGUUCGGAGUUCCAACAUGUUGUGAAAGAUGAAGUGGACGAAAGGCAUGGCCUGGCAUUGAAUUUAGGGAUGCUGAGUUUGGGUGGUGAUCUUAUUCAAGAUACCAAGACUGGGAAUGCGUCUAAUGGAAUGCCGGUUGGCCUUCUUGGUCCUCCUGAUCAGUUACUAUCUAUGAAGGCCUCUAUGCAAAAGGUUGCUGUCAUAAAUCCUGGCAGGCCAGCUAUGUUUGGUAAUGCUUACAAUCAUGAGAUUGAUGGGAAACAUGAUAGAGAUGAUGUUCAGCAUCUCCGUCAUGAGGAUUGCCAGGUGAUGAUGAGGAAUCAUGUUGUUUCCCGGGACCACAUGCCGAAUUGCUUUGACUUAUUUAUGGAUCAAGCAGACAGCUUGAUGUAUAAAGCUAGGAUGAUGUAUGCCAAGAAAGAGCAGGAAUGUAUGCGGGUCCAGUCAAGCAUGGAAUUCUUGACUCGAGAGCUGCAGCAACGUGAAAAGUACAUUUAUACAUUGCAUUCGACCAUGCGUGAAGAACAAAAUGCAAAGGAAAUGGUGAUCUAUCGGCUUGAGCAUGAGCUCUGUGUGAUGACCCAGCUAUUAAAUAGUUAUAAGAAAGCAUUGAAGGAAACCCGCCAUGAGUUUGCAGAGUAUAGAGAACGUUUUCAGCUUCCGGCUGAACCACUUUACAAGGAUGCUGGUCCUGGCGGCUUGGUACUCAGUACCAAGGAUUUAGAAAAGCUGUGUUUAGAGACUGAGGAAAAGGAGAGGAGUAUGCUUUCUCUCUGGAAAGUUAAGAUCAAGGAUCCUAUACAGUAUUGGUUUAAUUUGUCUGAAUGA